UUUAAUCAGGCAUCGAGAUAGGCGUUCUGUUUUUGGGGGUCCUUGCGUUAGUUCCUGGUCCACGUAUGAGACUGAUCCAAACGCUAAUAUUUACCUAACAAAGAAUUACCAGAUAAUGUGUAAAUGUGACACUAUAGUCUAUCUGUUGAUUAUUCAUCCCGGUCUAUAAAUUGUCUGGGAUAUUUAUUUAUUUAUAGUUUUGGACGUCGCUGUUGUUAUACGGAUGCAGAAUGUCUUGGUUGGCUGACCUGGCAGGGAAAGCUGAAGACUUCCUGAAUAAAGUGGAUGCAGGAGCUGCCAGCCUGACCAAACCCCAAGGCCGCACCUCCUCCUUCUCCUCAGCCUACGAUGCUCCUGACUCCACAGAAACCUCUCAGUACAGUAGCACCGGCUACAGCACCAACACAUCAGAGACACAGCAACACCCCUAUGGGAACUCCACCUCCCACAACGCACCAGGAUCUGGUUUCAUUACUGCAGCUGCUGGCAACAUCAAAAAAUCCAAAGGUUCCCUGUUGACUAGCUCAGCCACAGUCUCCACUACCAGCACCCUUCCCCUGGGGACUUCCAACACUGCCUCCUCCAGCUCCAUCAAACCCUCCUCCAGCUUUGUGAGGCCCAGUAAGAAGAGUCAGAGUGAGCAAGAUGUAGAUGAUGACCUGUUGUUUGACUUCCUUAACAGCUCAGACCCUCCGGCGGCCAACGAGAGGCGGGAGGUCAGACCAAGAGAUCCUCUCAGAGUAUCUCCUGAAGGAUCAGGCUCCCCACAGCCAGCGCCUCCUGUCUCGGCUGCUGCCCCCAUCAUGGUCCCUUCAGCCCCUUCCACGCCCCCCUCCCUACGGGGCAUGUCACGAACCUCCAGCUACAGCUCUCUGUCCACCAGUACUCACAGUGCCAAAACAGGUUCGGAGGAUGGCUCUGCCAAAGAAAGUCAAGACACACCUGAUGGUUCUGACUCUGGGUUGGCUGUUCCCCAGUCUAUCACCUACCUAUCAGAGUCUCCGGCCACAUACGAGGCCCCUCCCCCAGCCCUGGCCCCGCCCCCUAUAGAGGAGCAGCAGAGUCAGAUGAUGUCCAGUCUGCGUUUGGAGAACCAGCUACUGAGGUCAGAGGUCACCUCCCUCAACCAGGAACUGGCAUCCAUCAUCCAGAGAGCCAAAGACACUCAGGAGGAAUUGAACCAGGCACGGUUACGCACUGAGAAGUGGAAUUCGGACCAGUCUCGCACAGACCGCGCGGUCAGGGAGCUGCGGUCGCAGGUUGAUGACCUCACAGAGGCCCUCGGUGCUAAGGACGGGCAGUUGGCCGUACUGAAGGUCAGGCUAGAUGAGGCAGACCAGUUACUGAAGUCACGGAGCUCUGCUCUGGAGGAGGCACAGACUGAGAGGUCCCGGAUCCUCCAGGACCACACAGAAGGAAGCAGUAUGCAGUCCCAGGCCAUGACGACCAUGCAGGAGAGACUGAGGGAGGCAGACAUGGCUCUACGCAGGGAACAGGAUGGCUAUAGACAGAUGCAGAGUGAGUUUGCGGUGCGGCUAUCCAAGGUGGAGGCGGAGAGGCAGACGCUAGCGGAGGCGGUGACGGGCGCAGAGAGACGGGCGUCGGAUGACAAGCACCGGGUCGAGGACCUCCAACAGCAGAUGAGGAGUGCCCGGAACGCAGCCGAGACUGCCAAGCAGGAGUUACAGGACUAUAAAAGCAAAGCCUCCCGCAUACUACAGUCCAAAGAGAAGCUGAUCAGCAGCCUGAAGGAGGGGUCAGGCUUGGAUGGUCUGGAAGGAGGAGGAGCCGGAGUUUUGGAGCUGGAGGAGCUUAGACAUGAGAAGGAGCUGCAGAGAGACGAGAUCCAGAAACUACAGGGACAGAUGCAGACUCUCCGUGCUGAGAUACAGGACUUGGAGGUAGCAGCCCUGACUGAGGCAGAGACGUGGAGAGAGCAGCAGCUGGAGAACCAGGAGCAACAGGCCCGACAGACCAGAGCCAAGCAGGAAGUGGAGGCCGAGGUGGAGCGCUACAAACAGGAGCUACAGUAUGUCGAGGAGGAAAACCACCGUGCCAAGACAACACUGCAGAGUCGCAUCAAGGAUCGGGAAGAUGAGAUCCAGAAACUCAGAAACCAGCUGACCAAUAAGGCUCUGAGCAGCAGUAGCCAGGUGGAGCUAGAGAGCAGGUUACAUCAGCUGACGGAGACUCUGAUCCAGAAACAGACCAUGUUGGAGUCCCUGGGAACAGAGAAGAGCUCACUGGUCUUCCAGCUAGAGAGGCUGGAGACCCAGCUGAAGAGCGUCCAGGGGGGAGGAGGGCAGUCCGGGGGGCCGGCCAUUAACAUGAGCAGCAUGGAGAGCCCAGGGACACGACAGAGGAAUGCACCAAUCCUGUUCAACGACCACGACAGUCCAGGAGUGUAUGGACAGGUACGCAAGGCAGCCAGCACCAUCGACCGGUUCAGCAUCCGGUUAGGAAUCUUCCUGAGACGCUACCCCACGGCUCGGGUCUUUGUUAUACUGUAUAUGGCACUACUGCACCUAUGGGUCAUGAUUGUUCUGUUGACCUAUUCUCCAGAGAUACACGAGAUCCACGACCAUCCUGCAGGGACAUAGAACUCAAGGCCUGAACGAUGUCAUGAUAGAGCUUUAUAUGUAUAUAUAUAUAUAUAUAUAUAUAUAUGUUGUUGUGAUCUGGGGUAAGGUGAAGAUGCGUUCUCUUUGUCAUCAAAGACUAGCCUGGUGCCAGAUCUGUUUUGUGCUGUUCAGACCUGCCUACCAUGCACACAACUUUAGGUCAAAAGUAUGGAGGGGGAGGGGGGGGGGGGGGGCUUUAAAAUAACACACAUAGGCUUUUUAAAUCGGCGAAUUGUGGCUUUUCACUCAACCGUCAGAAGUUGGAGCUGAGCUAAUCAGAGGAGUUAAAAUCUCUAUCUCUCAGUUACAGCCGGUAACCCUAAAGUCACAGUACUCUCUCUCAGCUACAGCCGGUAACCCUAAAGUCACAGUACUCUCUCUCAGUUACAGCCGGUAACCCUAAAGUCACAGUACUCUCUCUCAGCUACAGCCGGUAACCCUAAAGUCACAGUACUCUCUCUCAGCUACAGCCGGUAACCCUAAAGUCACAGUACUCUCUCUCAGUUACAGCCGGUAACCCUAAAGUCACAGUACUCUCUCUCAGUUACAGCCGGUAACCCUAAAGUCACAGUACUCUCUCUCAGUUACAGCCGGUAACCCUAAAGUCACAGUACUCUCUCUCAGCUACAGCCGGUAACCCUAAAGUCACAGUACUCUCUCUCAGCUACAGCCGGUAACCCUAAAGUCACAGAACCAUUUCUCAGGCUGGAUGGCAGGUCUCCGCCACGUCCGUUGAUACCGCUGAUGUGUUGGGGGGGGGAAGAGAACGAAUUGUUUUGCUUAAUUAAUACAUUUUCCAAAAUUGUGUGUUUAGUCAAGCACAUAAGCACUAUUAUUUUGUAGUUAGCUCCUUGGUUAAGGCGUCAUUACGACGAACGUAAGUUAGCUACAACAUUUAUUAAACGAACCGAGAACAUUUUCUUGACUGCACGCGUUUUUGCUCUCCGUAACACGAGAGUGUUGACGAGCGAAGGGGGGGGAAAUGUGCGCGUCGUUGCGCGGAUAGGAAACGGUCAUGGCAGAGAGAGCUCCUCCACCCGGUACCGUCCUUCACAGAAAGUUAUGUUUGGACGUUUUAACGAUUACUAGGCCAAUGUUAAUGGAUCAGUUUUUUGAUCUGUCCUCUUUGAUUAUAGCUAGAUGUCAACAGCUGCCAAUGCUGUGGUCAAUCAGUUCACCAAUGACAACGAGGCAUGUUGAAUUAAUGGUAGUCUGGUAGUCAGACCGGAUGGAUUAAGAUCAGGGAUAGAGAUCUGGAAACCAGUUGAGAUAGAGCUACCUCAACUGAAUUAGAGCUACCUGUUUCAUGUUCCAUAUAGCUGACAGUAAGCUAGACCUAAUACAUUGCAUCCAGUAAUUGAAUUAUUCAGAAUUCUCCCCAUAACAAAAUGAAAACGGCAGUUUACACUUUCAUUAGACUCUAUCCACGUAAAGACAUCUAUUAAUUAGAAUUUCCCCUAAAUUGAACCUAGAAAAAAAUGUGAACGUGUCAUUGAGACCACCUCAAUUUGAUUUAGGAUCAAACACAAGAACUACAUUUGAUAUAAUAUAAGACUAGGUUUCAAGAAAUGGCAGUUUUAAAGCUUUGUUUUUUUAUUUUUUUUAUGUUAAAUAUCGUUAAUGGGGUCUGUGGUGGCGCGCUUAAGUGAUACUUCAAGGUUGGCAGGUCUGUGUUUUGCCAGCGCCGUUCUCCGUUGGCAUGACAACGACCAUAGGAGUUGGCUAGAAAGCACACCUAGAUCUGAGACCAAAGGCUAGUUGGCAGUAGGGAUGGAGCAAGCUACUGAUUUAAUGACUCGAUAGGCACAGAACUGACAUCUACUCUAUGGGACACGGACUGACUUAGGAUCACUUUUCCCUGUUAUCCACCUCCUAAGGGUUGCACAAUUCUUGUAACUUUACCCAAAAUUUCAAGGUUUUCCAGACAUUCUCUCUGGCGGUUUCCUGGAAUCAGGAGGGGGGGGGAUCCACUAACUGGAAUCCUCCAACUUGGAUUUCUGGGAAUUUUGGAGAAAGUUACUAGUAUUGUGCAACUCUCCCCUGUCUCCCCCCGUCCCCUGUCUCCCCCGUCCACUGUCUC